AGGGUCUCUGUGUGACUCUGAGGGGUGAAACGGCGGGGGGGGGGACUCUUCGUACCGCAGGCAGCGAGACGGAAUCGCUUCAAUCAGAGGAACGCGCCUCCGUCGGAUCUCCUCUCCCUGCCGUCACACCCACCCGCGCUCGCCGUAGCGCGCUCGCUCCGUGGGAGGAAAAAAAAAAAAAAAAAAAGGGGGAGGACCGACGGCUCAGCGGCGACUAGUGCUGCAGUGUGAGCUCAGCGGGGGGAUCCGGACGCGGAGAAAGACAAUUACACACACACACACGCUCACACACACACACACACACACCCGUACACAUAGCAGGUUGAUUGCCCAAAACCUGGUCCAUGGAGAGAUCUGCUGCAGCGCCAUAGCGACGCAGGCCGACAUGGAGGAGUAUCUGCGGAGGGUCCAGAGCAGGCUCGGGGCAGGACUACCUGAGGGUCCCAUCCAUGCUGUUUUAGGGGGACCAGAGCCUGACGUUGACACCGUGGCCGCAACGCUGUGCUUAGCACUGCACCUCAGUCAGAAGCAACCCUCAGGUGGAGUGUGUGUACCCUUGCUGUGCAGGAAGCGGUGCAGCACCGAGUUGCCCGAGGAGACUGUCAGAUAUCUGCGGAGGAUGAAAAUUAGUGAGAGCGCGUUGUUAUGGAGGGACGACGUAGACCUCGUGAAUCUUCAUCAAGCUGGAAAGCUUUUGCUCACUCUGCUGAGGGAUGGACUGCUAGAGAGCUCCGAGUACCACGCCUUGGAGUCCAGCAUCCUGCGAGUGGUCCAUCAGGAUGGGCAGCGGGACGCAGCGGAUGAUGGGGCGCUGUCCACGCUGACAACAGUCGCUAGAGAGAUUCUUCAAGAGGCACCGGAGCAGAGCAGGGCAUCGCUGGAGGAGCUUCUCAGAGAUGCCUUGCAGCUCCUUAGAGAAGCUUUGUGGAUCAAACGUGGCUGUGGUCCUGAAGAGCUGGAGGACCUUUUGAGAUCCUUGGAACAGUGGGGUGAUGUUAAUCAGCCUGAAAAAGUGAAGCAACAAGAGUUAAUGCAACUGCUGCAGAUGGAGCUGAAGGAGUUCAAAGAUGGAGAGAUGACUCUUGCACUUACGUCCCUGACCACAGACAAGGAGGACUGGCACGAUUACGUGGAUGACCUGAAAUGCUUCUGUCACCAGAAUGACUAUGAUGGUCUUGUGGCGGUCUUGUCCAUCAGUGAUGCAGUUCAACAUCCCCGCCAGCAGGUGGCUGUCUACUCAAGCAACACAGACAUCCUAAACCAGAUCUGUGCUGAGCUGGAAGAGUCGUCCAGCUGGUAUUUUUCUGGUGAACCAGAAGAAAGGGAAAGUCUCCAGGUCUACCACAUUCCAAUAAACACAUCCGGCCCUUCUGGUACUCUUCCUCUGAUACUGGAAGACAUCCAGGCCGUCCUGAAGGAAUUUGUGAACCGGCGUGACUCUGUAUUAGGCUGCAACCCUAGCAGCAGGACCUCCUCAACAGAGGGAGUAGCUGGCAGCGUGGAGUUCUCCCAGGGAUCAUCCGGCAUCAACGACAUGGAUGGAUCUGACACGGAGAGGGCAGAUGGAGGCAGUGGGGACGUGGCAGCUGAAGCAAGGGUGAUUGCAGAGGGCGAAGAGGAGACGGGAGCCGUCGGAGGCGGCGCCGGUGGGGAGCUGUUGAGCCCUGACAGCGGUAUGACCACCAUUCGCAGCAGCCGCUCCUCCAAGGAAAGUUCUGUGUUCCUCAGUGAUGACAGUCCCGGCGGUGAAGGUCCGGCUGGAGGGCCAGGAGUGCUCUUCCUGAGGAACCCCUCUCCUCUAGGGUUUUCGUCUCUCUCCCCUCCUGUCCCACCUGAGAGGAGGAAGCACCGCUCUGGCAAAAACAAGACAGAUAAUUUAAAUUUAUUUAGUUUUGACCCGCUUCACAACAGGGAACAGCCACUGCCAGCAGAAGGAGGACCAGUGGACUCUCUAGAGGGGGUUGAUGAAGGUGAGAGAAGAGCUGGAAGCUCCAGCUUUUCCGAGCUUGAUGAGAUGAGCCUGCUUGAUUUCUCUGCUCCAAACUCUAUAGGAGGGCUUGAAAGUAGAAACUCUUCAAUUGACCAGCAUGGUCAGAUCUACGGGAACGAGAUGAUGGACACAAUGGUGCCUCCAACACCCGUGAACAGCCUAGUGGGUAGCCGCCCGCCCAGCAGUUGUGGGGUCAGGUUUUUUCCGGAAGAUGUAGUUGAGAGGAUCAAUGGCCUCCAGCACAAAGACAGCGUGUCGUCUUCCCUAUCAGAGACUUGGGAUGACAUUAGCAGUGAGACACAAGGGCCAGUUUUCUCCAGCGACAAUAGUGUGCUGAAUAAGGUCCGAAGCUCAGGCAGUCCCCAGAACGUUGUGAGUGAAGUUAAAGACUCAGCGGGCGAUAUGACAGAAAGAGAUAUUGGAGGCCAGAUAUCAAAGCCAGAUGCAGCCCAUCAGAGGGCAAAAGCUCUUGAACCUCAGCUUAGUUUGAUUACUGAGCAGACUGAAGCAUAUGAAAACUGGAACGCGGCCUAUGUGUUGAAGGAUCAGUGGGGCGCUGUGACUUUAGCUGAUCUUCAGCUAACACCACCAGAAGACGGCGUGUCUCUGAAAUCCAAAGCUGGCGUUACAGCAGAAAAACAAGUAGCACCCUCUGUACUGAGAAAGAAAAUGACCCUAAACACUUUGACACCAGAAACAUCGAAAGAAGAGGAUGAAGGUAAAAGACAAGGCCAACAUAUGGAGCUCUUAGACUUUUGGACAUACUCCGCUCAACAGGGAUUUCUGAAAUCCGACAGCGGAACCACCACCUCCUACCCUGAGUCCCUAGAUAUGUGGAAUAUGACGAUCAGGGACGACAGUCUGUCUCCUCUGACUACCCCUGAUAAUCUGUCUGAAAACUCUGGUUCCUUCUGUGGGCUGAACGCUGUUAUGGGGAAAGACACAUCGGUGGAAAGUCCCCUGGGAUACUCUGAUGGUGGUAUGGCGAUGUGGAACACCACCAUUCAGGAAGAAAGCUCCUCCUCAACAACGACUCCCGAAGGACCCGAGCAUGAAAAAGAUCUGGGGUUCGUUGGCUCCCUCGCAGUUAAUUUUCCCCCUGAAACAGAAGAAAAAGGUGACCUUCAGUCACCCGAAGAAGGUGACUGGAGGGGUGCUGAGCACAUGGUGAAAAUAAUCAUAGAAACAGCUGACAGUGGAUCACAGGGGGAGGAAACGGCCAACAACGACAUGCAGGGUGUUCAGAGUGAGUGUUCAGAGACUGGGAUUGGGAACUCCGUUUCUACACAUUCAGAUGUUGAGCCUUCACCUCAUGAAAGCACCGACUUGUGGGAAUUACCUGUCCAAGGCAUGGUCACAUCCACCUCCGAAUACGACAACGUCGGAGCUGGGGCAUGGAGUCCUGCAUCCUUCUCUGAUACCUGUGCCAGCCCUGAGGUGGACUUGAUACAGCUAGAGGAGCAAUCUAGUCCUUUCAUAGCCGUACCCAGACAUGUUCAGAAUCAGUAUCACAGAGCUGAACCUCCGGGAGACACAGAGGCAGAGCCCGACAGAGACCUGACAGGAAACCACGUAUUUGUUUUUGACAAAGAGUUGGCUGACCUGACAGGCAGCGCCGAAGGUCCAAUUGAGAGUAAGAGCAAAAACACAAGCAUUGACGACUUGGAGGAUGCCGAUUGGAUGGAGCAAUCAUGUGAUCAUUCUCCAUUUGUAUUGGUAGAUGACUCUACUGUCACUCUGCAUGUUUCAGAAGGUCCCAGAGAAGACGCGCAAACCCAACUUCAGGCUAACCAUUCACUAUCCCUAAGCUACCUGGACGGAGACUGCCAUCCACCAAGGAGACAUGAUGGCUCUGGUUCAGCCUCAUCAUUAGAUUUGGCCAUCAAAAUUGCCAGCAAUGUACAGGAAGGGUCUCCAGCUGAAAACCAAGAGCUGGACCAAAAAGAAGACAAUCCAAAUAUAGAAAACAAAAUGGCAGACGGCAUAUUUUUGAGCUGUUUCCCAAUAGGAGAAAAAGAGACACCUAGUAGCCCUAACAGUCUUCACUCGGGUCAUCAGAAUAACCAUGAGUGUAGUUCUGAUGGAGAUUCAUGCUCAACCUUAGAAAUGGAGUACAUUGUCAUGCCUAUAGCAGAAAAGGAAUCUAACCGAGAGUCUCCUGAUGGGAUUACAGAGGGCGACAAGCAAGCUAAAGUAAAACGUAAAGCCAUGGAGACAAUCAGCAUGCUGUCCUAUGCUGCCACUGCGCUGAGAUCUCACGCAAAAACUACACAUGACGAAGAUCUGGAGAUUGCUCAGCAAAGCCCCCAACUACAGACCAGAGGAGCUGAAAGCAAAUCUGCGUUAUCUGAGGUGACCAGCCCUUACCAAUCCAGCCUUGAUAAUAACCCUGAGUAUCACCUACUGCCAGGAAUGACCACCUCUGACCAGUCGAAAAACAAGCCUGAACCUUUCCACCAAUCAAACGCGGGACCAACAGAAGAAGGGAACUCUGAAAACGAGGCUGCCGCUGUUCCUAGAAGUGUGUCUCCUUCCCUGAGAUAUCCGUCAGAUCACUUCCUGAAGACCAGAGAGGAAGUUUAUGUCCAUUCACAGAUCUCGAUGGAGGACUCUGAUGAAGGUGGACAGUCACCAUCAGCACCUCCACCAAGCGCUGCUUCUUUAGCUGACUUUAAACUCUGGGGAGGCCAGUUAGUCAGUCAGGACAUACCUCAAGCAACAUCUGAGGCCCAGUCCCCUGUACUCACCAACAGCUCAGUUUCUCAAAGCAGCUCUCUGAUCAGCUCCCCAAUGAAUCAAUUGUGUUUUUCCACUGAUAAAGGACUUGGCUUACCAUUUUCUGGGGAUUUAAUGGAAGAGGAGCAUGAAGACCAUGAUACAGAGUGCGCCGGCCUCCCAAAAUGUAGCUCAGAAGAGCAAGGUGAACCAAAAGAGAGACAAGAGUUUGAACCUCCUGAUCUCUUGAGUUUUACUGAGGACCUUGUUGAAGCUCCCAUGGUUCAACGCACAGAUUUAGAAACCUUUGAACCAAAGGGCGAUGGGUUUCUACUUUAUAGCGAGGCCUACUAUGACUCACAGCUUGUAAGGGCUGAUGAGCAACAGACUGCAGCUCAUGAAGCUUCUGGAGAGAGCCGUUCUCCUGUGUUAAGAAGGCACCAAGAUGAAACGUCUCUGCUGUCAUCUCAGCCGACCGAUGAAGAUGCCGCAUCUGAGUGGGCGGGAAGUCUGAACACAACUCAGGGUCAAAAUAACUAUGGGUACAACUACCACCACAUCGACCAAAGAACUGAAAACCAGCGGGCUUACCCGUCAUGCGUGAACACCAAGCCUGAGAAUCAGCAGGGUGCCCCAGAUGUAUACGCCGAGUUCACGACCGAUCCACAAGCUGAAUAUUUCAGAUGCAAGCAAAAUCAGAACCAGUUAGAAACCGGAGCCAGCGCCCAUCAAGGCCUGAAAGAUGCACCUUUUAAGUGUCAAUAUAUCACUGACAACCCAAGCAUGGAUGAGCCUAUGAGCACCGCUGAACUGCAGUACUCUCAGCAUGAAGCUGGGGGAUACCCUGGGACAGAAGAUCGUGCUCGAUAUGCACCAGACGGAUACGUUCACUUUCUCCUGUCCAGAAACUCCCAGCAGGGAGAGGUUGAAGCGGCGAUGAUGAUGAAGAUGGACUCCACUGAAGAAGCAGCUGAGGAGCGGGAAAACAGAGAAGACCCCUCCUCUUCAGCAGAUACUUCAGCUGGAUCUAACCAAAGGAGGAAGCUAGCAGCUCCACCACUGAACUUAUCACUGGAACGUAGUGAGGGGUCUCUUCUGUCAGAAGAUGCUCUGGACACAGAUGACGAUGCCUUGGAUACUGGGGAUGAUCUGGAUGUCAGCGUUGAUGGGAUGGAAACACCUGAUGAUACAGAUUCGCUCGAAAUAAAUAUUCAUGAGUCAGAAGAGCCCGGUUUGGGUGCAGGAGCAGCUUCAAGUGAGGCUGCAAAAGAAUGUAGAGCAGAAGAAAAGGAAGACGGCCGGCUGUGGAGGAGCGUGGUGAUUGGAGAGCAGGAGCAUCGCAUUGAUAUGAAAUGCAUCCAGCCAUACAAAAAAGUAAUUUCCCACGGAGGUUAUUACGCUGAAAAAAAUGCCAUCAUCGUGUUUGCAGCUUGUUUCCUACCAGACAGCGACUGUGAAAAUUAUAACUAUGUCAUGGAAAACCUUUUUCUGUAUGUAAUUAGUACUUUAGAGCUAAUGGUGGCAGAGGAUUACAUGAUUGUGUACCUAAACGGAGCCACUCCUCGAAGGAGGAUGCCGGGUUUUACGUGGAUGAAAAGGUGCUACCAGAUGAUAGACCGAAGACUGAAGAAAAACCUAAAGAUGUUCAUCAUUGUUCAUCCUUCCUGGUUUAUCCGGACUUUGCUGGGACUCACCAGGCCCUUCAUAAGCUCAAAGUUCAGCAGUAAGAUCAAAUAUGUUCACAGCCUGCAGGAACUCGCAGAAAUAAUCCCAAUGGAGUACGUCCACAUUCCUCCCAGCAUCAUGAAAGUUGACAAAGGGAAAUCGGCAGUUUGAGAAGACUCCUGGAUGCCGCUUCCUUUCUCCCUGCAUUCUGCUGUACUGUCUGCCACAGCAUGUCUGAGUAUAAAAGCUUGCAGCAUGAUGAGUACGGGACAUGGUUGUUGUAGGACAGCUAAAGAUAAACAAGAGGGGAAGGUGUUGUAGGGCCAACUUGGUAUGAUCACAUCCCCUUUGUGGAGAUUUUCUGAGCAUGCUCAGUUUGUAGAGAGGGUAGCAAUGUACUUAGAGGACAGAGACUGUCACUGUGCUGAAAGGGUGGGGGGCUUUGUACCGUUUUCACAUCAAUUAACUAUGUUCAUCAUCUUUUUCUCCUAGUUUAUUUAAAUAUAGUUAAUAUACUUACAGCUAUCCAUCUCUGUCUAUUGGAAGGUAUUUAUACCCUGGGUAUAUUCUGAAGCCGCAAUUGAAAUUCAAUCGUGGUAUGCUCGCAGAAAGCCUUUGCUCUCCCUCUAACCAUCAAGGUAUUGUGCAGUUGUAGAUCUCCAAGAAGUCUCUCUUUAAUGAUUCUCUGUUUAAACUGUGAUCUCAAUUCAUAAGCAAUUGAUGAUGAAAAAAAAAGCAUUAAAUACUAUUUUAUAAGAAGUUUAAUGUGCACUUGCAUGAUACUGAAAGGGCAGAGCUGGUUGGCUUCAUAAAAGAGGAGGAGGUUCUGUUGAGUAAGUUGUUUUUGUUUUUUUCAGACCCACAUAUAACUCAACACUUGAUUUGUUUAUGAAUAAAACGAGGCUUUCCUCCAACACUGUGUCACUGUGAAAACAUUCUAACAACACGAGUCAUCAGAAAUGAGUUUUUCUGUUGUGAAAGUAAAAAGUUUCAGAGAAAAACGGUUCAAAUGGAGUUUCUCCACAUUCCAAAUGUGUCGCAUGUUCUCUAGCAGCCGCAGUUUAUAACAAUCACGUAUCCAUGGUGAUACUAAAAGGGAACGUGGCUAUACAACUGGUGUCAGCGUUAUAAUAAAUGUCAGGUGUGUGCGCAAUUCAAACUUGAUGUGCCAGGCGAACUUUCAGGUGAAAACAAACUCAAGUACUUCAUGUUCCCUUAUACAAAGA